GGCUUACAGGAACGCACGUUCGACAGAAGCGCCCAUGGACUUCGAGUUCACCUCGCGUCCCAAUACACGGCCACUUUGGGCUCAACCGGGCGGCGGAGAACCCAGCACACCGCGUAAACGCACACAAGAUGAUCUGAACGCGCCUCCCUCCCCAUUCGCACCGCGCCCGCCGCAACCAUCCUUUGGAGCGAACCAGAGUGUUCCAUUCCUGUUUCAGUCGCCCCAGAUGCCGGCACCUCAACCAAACUACCCCUGGGCACCCCCUUCGGGGUUCUCGCCAACAAAGGCAUUUCCGCAGCCUGAAAUUCCGGAGGUGACUAUGGGCGAGGCUAGCCCGGAGGUACCGAGGCCGAAACCCGCCGUCUCUGACGACGUGAAGGACAAUAUCGAGGGUGAUGGCCCGGUCGAAGGCGAUAGCAAGACCGAUGAAAGGAGGGUAGUGGCCCUCGGCGGACUGAAGAGAGUGUUCAAGAAAAGACAGGCCGCUCUCGCGAGGACUAGACGAAGAGAAGCGUUGAGUGAAGGAGAGACAGACGGUAGCAGCGAGGAGGAGGGUGAAGAACGAGGCAUGAAGACUGUCACGAAGAAAAUGACAAACCACUACACACUCAAUAUGCCAGGCGUCAGUGGUCAAGGAGAUCUUCCGUACUUGCUUCUUGGAUACCUUCAAUUCUUCUUCAACUUGUCGCUGGUUCUGGUUUUCCUCUACCUGUUGAUACAGUUCAUCCUGACGGUUCAGAGGGAUGUCGAACAUCGUAUAUCAGAGUAUUCUAUGGACGUCAUUCAAGAUAUAGCACACUGCGCACUACAGUUUCGUACAAAUCUAUGCGAUGCAAAUCCCGUUCCUGCUAUGGCACAUCAGUGUGCGUCAUGGAAAACAUGCAUGGAUCGGGAUCCCACUAAGGUCGGCCGUGCCAAGGUUGGCGCGGAGUUGAUUGCGGAGGUCGUCAAUGGAUUCGUGGAACCGAUAAGCUGGAAAACCUUGGCCUUCACCUUGACUUCGCUCUCAUUUCUGACGGUGUUCAUCAACACCCUAUUAUCACUGUACCGAUCCAAACACGCACAUUCCUCGGUCACGGCAGCGAUUUCCCCUCAACAUCAUCCCUCUCUUACCGGUUUUCCCCCACAAGUUGGUUAUGCUCAGCCGCAUUUCGCUGUUGCGCCGGCGGCCCCUCACACUUGGCCAAAAGGGGAUAUCAAUGAAGGAUGGGAAGCUCGACCUAGGAGAAGACGGUUGAAAUGAACUACUGCUCCAGACGAUCAACACACGUCAGGCGCUACCUAGACAUGGCCGGUGAUCACAUUCACCAAAGUUAGAUUGGACACAACACUUUCGGUGUAGCUACUUUCGGACAUGCGUGGCCCUGCUCCGAGAGGUCAUCGCUGGGUGCGAUGGUUAAAAAGAACACGAAACAAUGUUUUGGCCUUGCGUAUCAUAGUCAUACAGUUCAUAGCUUACAUCG